CCGCGGGAUGCGGAGCGGCGGGCGCCGGAGGCCGCGGCCCGGCUAGGCCCCGCUCGCCCGCACGCGGCGGCCCGAGGCUGCAGCUAGGCCGCCAGAGCCCAGAGGGAGCCUGCUGGAGGAGCGUGUCUGCACCCUUGGGCCACCCCGGCCAGCAGGGGCCACGGACACCAUGAACGACGUGGCCAUCGUGAAAGAGGGGUGGCUACACAAACGAGGGGAGUACAUCAAGACUUGGCGGCCACGAUACUUCCUCCUCAAGAAUGACGGAACCUUCAUCGGCUACAAGGAGCGGCCCCAGGAUGUUGACCAGAGGGAGUCCCCCCUCAAUAACUUCUCUGUGGCACAAUGCCAGCUGAUGAAAACAGAGCGGCCCAGGCCCAACACCUUCAUCAUCCGCUGCCUGCAGUGGACUACGGUCAUCGAACGCACCUUCCAUGUGGAGACGCCUGAGGAGCGGGAGGAGUGGACAACAGCCAUCCAGACCGUGGCUGAUGGACUCAAGRGGCAAGAGGAAGAGAUGAUGGACUUCCGUUCGGGCUCACCCAGUGAUAACUCGGGAGCAGAGGAGAUGGAGGUGUCCCUGGCCAAACCCAAGCACCGUGUGACCAUGAAUGAGUUUGAGUACCUGAAGCUACUGGGCAAGGGCACCUUUGGGAAGGUGAUCCUGGUGAAGGAGAAGGCCACAGGCCGCUACUACGCUAUGAAGAUCCUGAAGAAGGAGGUCAUCGUGGCCAAGGACGAGGUGGCCCACACACUCACUGAGAACCGCGUCCUGCAGAACUCCAGGCACCCCUUCCUCACAGCCUUGAAGUAUUCCUUCCAGACCCACGACCGCCUCUGCUUCGUCAUGGAGUACGCCAAUGGGGGCGAGCUCUUCUUCCACCUGUCCCGCGAGCGUGUGCUCCCCGAGGACCGGGCUCGUUUCUACGGCGCAGAGAUCGUGUCGGCCCUGGACUACCUGCACUCCGAGAAGAAUGUCGUGUACCGCGACCUCAAGCUGGAGAACCUCAUGCUGGACAAGGACGGGCACAUUAAGAUCACGGACUUCGGGCUGUGCAAGGAGGGCAUUAAGGACGGCGCCACCAUGAAGACCUUCUGUGGGACACCUGAGUACCUGGCCCCUGAGGUGCUGGAGGACAAUGACUAUGGCCGGGCCGUGGACUGGUGGGGGCUGGGUGUGGUCAUGUACGAGAUGCUGUGCGGCCGCCUGCCCUUCUACAACCAGGACCACGAGAAGUUGUUUGAGCUCAUACUGAUGGAGGAGAUCCGCUUCCCUCGCACGCUGGGCCCAGAGGCCAAGUCCCUGCUCUCCGGGCUGCUGAAGAAGGACCCCAAGCAGAGGCUCGGCGGGGGCUCCGAGGACGCCAAGGAGAUCAUGCAGCACCGCUUCUUUGCCAGCAUCGUGUGGCAGGAUGUGUAUGAGAAGAAGCUCAGCCCACCCUUCAAGCCCCAGGUCACAUCAGAGACGGAUACCAGGUAUUUUGAUGAGGAGUUCACGGCACAGAUGAUCACCAUCACACCGCCUGAC